AUGAUUAUUUGUAAAAGAAGAAUAUCAAAUCAUUGUACAAUAGUUAUUCAAGAAAGACUACUCUCUACAAAUUACCAUUGGAAUCAAGAGAAUAAAAGGAAGAAAAAAAGGGAGGGAUUCCUAUUCAAAUUAAAAUCAACUGGAAAAAUGGACAGAGAUCAACCUUUACAUUAUAAUAACUCCAAUUCCGAUCCAUUGGAUCAAGAUAGUAAUGAUAAUAUCGAUAAUUUUGGUAAUUACCCACAAAAUAGUAAACGUCAAAGGUUUUUCAACUUAAUGAAAAAUACUAAAAAUGUCUACCUUCCAAAAACAAUGGAAAGUUUAAGAAAUACUACAAAUUCAUUCAAUGAUUAUUUAGAAACAUCUGCAUCUCAAAAACAAUAUCAACAGUCGCAAUUGAAAUUCCCACAAGAUACAAAGAUCGAUUUUUAUCCAACUUAUACAACACAAUUACCAAAUGGAAAAUUCGAAACUAUUGUACGUUUGUCUGUAGUUUCUCCAAGUGAUCCAUUAAGUAGGAAAAAUAGAUGGGCUUUAAUGCUGUGUAAACAAUUUUUAAAACCAUCGACUACAAAUACUGACGAUGACACUCUGAUUGCAAAUUUAGAAGAUUCAGAGGAUUUAAUAAAUGGCAAUAAUGAUAACAAUAAUGAUAUCUCCUCAUUUAGCUCGACACCUUCUUCAACAUUCAACUCAACUCCAGUCUCUCAAACUACAACAAAUACCUCAAUUUCAACAACUUCUAAAAGUGAAUUGGAUGUUGUUCAAGAUCGUAUAUCAGGGUUUCUAUCUAAAAAAUUGUCAGGAAUAUCUCUAAUAAUAGACUUAUUCGAUUCAAAAACAGGGGAAAGUGGCCAUUCAACUUUUGAAACUACUGACAACAUGGGCUUCGUACUUACAAAAAUCACUACAGACUUUUUGCCUAGUUCUUUACAAAUAACAUUAGACACUCCACCACAUAUAACAGAUAUAAUAUCAGGCAUGUAUCCAAUCAAUUUUAUAAAGCCAAAUGGUAUCGGUUUAAUAAGUGACAUAGAUGAUACCAUUAAGCAUACAGGGGUUACUGGUGAUAAAAGAUCAAUGUUCCGUAACGUUUUUGUUCAUGAUAAAGAAACAUGGUUAAUUGAUGGUAUACCGAUAUGGUAUAAUACCCUAAAGGAUGUUGCAAAAAGUGAUUUUUUUUAUGUCUCAAAUUCACCUUUACAGAUAUAUCCAAUAUUACAGGACUACAUCUCUCAAAAUCUUCCAGAUGGACCCUUAUUUCUAAAACAAUAUUCUGGUAAUAUUGUUUCUAGUAUUAUGACAUCAAGUGCAAAUAGAAAGUUAUCUGCAAUAUCUGAGGUUCUACAAGACUUCCCCGAAAAGAAAUUUUUUUUAGUUGGUGAUUCUGGUGAACAUGAUUUAGAAGCAUAUAUUACAACCGCCCAACAGUUCCCAAAUCAAAUUAUGGGGAUAUAUAUCAGAUGUUGUAAAAAUUCAAUGAGUGAUUUUGAAGGGAAGGAGAGGGAGGUAAUGGAUGAAUUAAAUUCGAUUAUUUCCAAAGAAUUCUUAACAUCAACAUCCCUAUCACAGAAAUUAUCUAAAAGAAGACCUCCUCCACCACCAUUACCUAAAAGGAAACCAAUCCUUGAUGAAGAGCAUAUGAAUUUAAUUUCCGAAUCUAAAGUGAGUAAUAUUUCAAAGGAAGGGACUGGAGAAGUGUCUACAUCUAGUCAACCACCGCCAUUACCGUCAAGGCAAUCAACUAUUCCAGAUAUUAACCAAUUUGAUGGUGAUACUACAUUUUUUGAUGAUACUGCUUCAUUAUAUUACGAUAAAAAAGCAGAAAAUUGGAAAAAUAGGAUUUCAGUAGGAAUACAGGAACUGAAGGGAACUGGGAAUGAUAAAUUAGGAAUGAGAUUGAUGUUCUUUUCAGAUCCAUCACUUCCAUUAGAAGACAGCAUGUGUAUGGUUAGAAAUAAUUAA